AUGGUUACCCAGUCUUCUCUACCCCACAACAAUGGAGCCCGUUCUCCAAACUUCUCGUUCUCGCCUGGAACGAACAACCACACCACGGUCAGAUUUACCACCACACCAACCAUCAAAACCACUGCACCAUCCUUUAGGUUUAGGACCACUCCUUUUCCGACCGAUGUGACAACGCCCACAUCGAGCAAGCUUGACCGUUACGUCAGCAACGACACAAACGGCACCCACGGCGUCAUCAACCUCCCCGUCACCCAUGGCAGUAUAUAUAACCCGAUGACUUGCCCACCGCCUGCCAAGAGGGCCCCACUCUUCUCUCCACCACCAUAUUGUUCGAACGACACAAAAAACCAGAAUCAGGCGCCAAUCUUUAGCUUUGGAUCGUCCAAUGCGACCGCGACUGCAACGGCUAGAGAUCGUAAUCCAUCUCAUACUGACUGGCGCACAGAGCUUGCUGGUGCUACUCCCUUUUCGAUUGAUAAUUAUCUUCAAAACAAUCCCUCUCCCUAUCCAAUGUCAGAUGUUGACAGUGUUGGUGUGAAACGAGGCCCUCGGUCUGGGUCUCGUCCAACCCGCUCCUUUGCUUUCGGUCGGACCGAACCCCUUAUUUCCAGGAAAAUCUCAGCCAAUAACACUAGGAAAAGUGGACAUACCGGCGGAACCGUGCGCCAACCCCAGAAGGCUGCGUUUCGUCCAAAUCUAUUUCCCAAAGUUGCCCCAGAGUCCAACGACUUCAUGGAUUCUACACCAAUGAAAAAACCUCCUUUUGUGACCAAUACAUCACCUGGCACUCAAGCUGCAGUCUUUGAUUAUGAUCUUGGUUUUCAUAAAAGAAUUGGCGAGGCAAAGAUCACAACCUCCACUUUUACUUUUGGGAAAAGUAGCAAAAAUGUCGCUGUCUUUGAUGAGGAACUUGAUGUGGAUGAAAAACUUACCGAUGCACCUACUAGUAGUGGAGCUUCUACUCUUUCUCUUACCAAGACUAGCACCUGUAUUGUAGCCUCAGAUGAUGAUAUUGUUGAGAAGGUUACCGCGGAAGAACCUACAGAAGGGCUCGAAAACAAUGGCAACCAAACUGCGGAUUUGGAAAUUCGUGUUGAAGUGUUGGAGGAGCGCAUGGUGGCAUUUAUGGGCUCCUCCAAUGAGGAAGAGAAGGGUUGCCCUCCAAAGACUACACCUACUAAGACCUCAAACAAAGCAGGGACGCUUUCCAAGACCCCCUUCAACACACCCAACCCUCAAGAUACGCAUCGUGUCACCAGAUCCAUGUCUGCGAAAAAGAAACGGUCCGGUCGCCAUAGUAUGACAUUGCGAGAACUCGACCCUGUAUGA